AUGGGGUUUCUGAAUCCCCUGCUGCUCAAUCUCCAGAAAAUGGAGCUGGAGCUGAAAUGCCCCAUCUGCUUGAAUUUGCUGAGUGUGCCACAACUGUUGCCUUGUGAUCACAUAGUUUGCAGUCAUUGCAUCAAGAAGCCAACUAAUACUGGAACAUGUUGUCCAGUUUGUAACACAACAUUGCUUUGCGAAGGGAUAAGGCCUUCAAUUCAUAUGGAAACAAUGGUGACCAUCUAUAAGAGUAUGAGCACUGCUUUUGGGGUCAAUCUUCUGCAGCGAGGAUCUCAAGUUAAUGUUUCAGAAUUGAAGACACCUUCGAAUGAAAGUCCAGGUUCUGUCAACAACAGAGCAGAUAGCUUAACGGAAAAAUCAGUGGCUAAAUUGGCAUUGCAGUCAUGCACUCAUAUAAUUGCCAACAAGAUUAACAUGAAGGAGAUAGAUAACAAUGAACAAGUGAUUCAUGGAAGAGAGGACAAUAGGGCAGAGCUAGCUUUUGCCAACAAAGAAGGGCCUUAUAGUCCCCCGUCAUUUGGUGACUUGAAAGAUUCUGAUCAUGAAAGUAACGACCAAGGAAGUGACCUUAAAAGCCAGGCUGUUCCUGAGAACCGUUUAAUAAGGAAAGAUCUAAAUGUUGUUGGAGCCAAUGAAUUGGAAGAGGACGAAUUAAGAGAAUCCAAGAAACAGAAACUAGACAAGGAGCUUGGCAGAGGAGAUGAUAGAGCUGGCAUCAAUGUCAGGCCAUGCCAGCACUUAUUGCUGGCUCUGAACAUGAACAUGAGAGUCUACCUAGAAGUCAGCCACUGUCUGAUUUCUACCUUUGUGGCCACAGAAGCAUCUGCUGAAUGCGUGUUCUGUCAUUCAUUCAAAGUCACUGAGGCUUCUGGGGAAAUGCUUCAUUAUCUUAAUGGAACACCAGUCGAUGAAAACCAUCCGUCACCUGAUGUUUUGCAUGUUCAUCAACAGUGCAUAGAAUGGGCACCACAAAUAUAUUUUGCUGGUGACAUUGCUAUGAAUGUGGAAGCAGAGUUAAGCCGUGCUGCUAAGAUCAAAUGCAGCAGCUGUGGGAUGAAGGGAGCGGCUCUUGGUUGCUAUGUCAGGAGUUGCCGAAAAAGCUUUCAUGUUCCUUGUGCUUUUGGGAUCUCGGGAUGUCGUCGGGAUUAUGAAAAUUUUCUGCUGCUUUGCCCUGCUCAUGCUUCACAUAGAUUGCCUUGUGAUAGAUCAAAGGCAAAAAAGAAGACCCAGGAAAAGCAUCCAUCUAUGGAAAGUGAUUCUUGCAAGUCAUCUGACAAUCUCACCUCAUUGACAAAGGAAGGAGGCAAUGGGUUUUGGACGACCUCAACUUUUGUUACCUCUCAAUGGGUUCUUUCUGGAUCAGCUCUCUCCGAAGAUGAAAAGGUUCUUCUGAAUGAAUUUGCUAGACUGACUGGUGCAACAAUAGCCAAAGCAUGGAAACCUAAAAUCACACAUGUCAUUGCAUCCACCAAUGAGCACGGUGCAUGCAGCAGAACACUUAAAGUUCUCAUGGCCAUUUUGGAGGGAAAAUGGGUGUUAAGAACAGACUGGAUCAAGGCUUGCCUAGAAGCUGGAACCCCGGUUGAAGAAGAACCAUAUGAAAUCACUCAUGAUGUUAAUGGCUCAUUUGAUGGUCCUAGAAUUGGAAGAACAAGAGCAAUGACAAAGGCACCGAAACUAUUCUUCGGUUUGAGCUUUUACUUAAGUGGAUACUACAUGCCUUAUUACAAAGGCUACCUUGAGGACUUGAUUUUAGCUGCUGGUGGAGUUAUUCUGCAGAAAAUUGAUGCACAACCCGUUCAAUCCUCAACAGUCAAUGGAACAUCUUCAAAACUAUUUGUUGUUUAUAGUGUUGAACCUCCACAAGGUUGCAACACUGAUCAGAUGAUUUCAUAUGUUUUGAAGAAGAGAACUGAGGAUGCUGAAGCUCUUGCUGCUGAAAUUGGUGCUCAUGCAGUGUCUCAUACUUGGCUUCUUGAUUCCAUUGCUGCAUGUAAUCUUCAGCUCAAUUAAGCCUAAUUAUCAGUGAUUCAAGUGACUCUGAUGACGAGUUUUUGGAUAGUUGUCUGUGCACAAUGAUGUAAAUUUCUUUAGUGCUG